AUGGCUUCCUCCCUCGUCGCCCUGCAAUCGUUCUCGGCUCUCUCCUUCAGCACAGCCGUCAAAGGGGCUUCACUUUCCGCGCAUCGCCUAGCAGUCGCUUCCGCCAUUGCUCCCUGCAGGACAGGUGUCACCGCCCUCCUAGGCUUCAACAAAUCCGCCGUCCCCGCUAAAACCACACCCACUAAGAAGAAACUCCGCACCGAAGAUGGCAUCUUCGGCACAUCCGGCGGCUUCGGCUUCACGAAAGCUAACGAACUUUUCGUCGGCCGCAUGGCGAUGCUCGGAUUCGCCGCGUCGCUCCUUGGCGAAGCCAUUACCGGGCAAGGAAUCCUCUCGCAACUCAACCUGGAAACCGGAAUUCCCAUCGCGGAAGCCGAGCCGCUGCUCCUCUUCUUCAUCGCAUUCACCGUGCUCGGCGCGAUCGGCGGGCUGGGCGACCGCGGGCGAUUCGUCGAUGACGAGGAGCCUGCCGGGUCGCACGUGAAGCCUGGCAGUUUCAAGGCUGCGCUUGGACUGAGCGAGGACGGGCCGCUGUUCGGGUAUACCAAGGCAAAUGAGCUUUUCGUGGGGCGCAUGGCGCAAUUAGGGUUUGCUGCGAGCUUGGUUGGCGAGGUGAUCACUGGGAAAGGUGCUCUGGCGCAGCUGAAUAUCGAGACUGGGCUGCCGAUUUUUGAGUUGGAGCCGCUGCUGCUGGCGAGUAUCGUGUUCUUCUUCGUCGCGGCUAUUAACCCCGGUACAGGAAGCACCCCGUUCCUGGUUGUGCUCCGUAUACUGCGUCUGCAUAGGCCAGGUGUCACCGCCCUCCUAGGCUUCAACAAAUCCGCCGUCCCCGCUAAAACCACUCCUGUCAAGAAGCAACUCCGCACCGAAGAUGGCAUCUUCGGCACAUCCGGCGGCUUCGGCUUCACGAAAGCGAACGAACUUUUCGUCGGCCGCGUGGCGAUGCUCGGAUUUGCAGCGUCGCUCCUUGGCGAAGCCGUUACCGGUCAAGGAAUCCUAUCGCAAUUUAACCUCGAAACCGGAAUCCCCAUCACGGAAGCCGAGCCGCUGCUCCUCUUAUUCAUCGCAUUCACCGUGCUCGGCGCGAUCGGCGGGCUGGGCGACCGCGGACGAUUCGUCGAUGACGAGGCGCCUGCCGGGCCGCCCGUGAAGCCCGGCAGUUUCAAGGCCGCUCUAGGACUGAGUGAGGAGGGACCCCUGUUCGGGUUUACCAAGGCAAAUGAGCUUUUCGUGGGGCGCAUGGCGCAAUUAGGGUUUGCGGCGAGCUUGGUUGGCGAGGUAAUUACUGGGAGAGGUGCUCUGGCGCAGCUGAAUAUCGAGACUGGGUUGCCGAUUUUUGAGUUGGAGCCGCUGCUGUUGGCGAGUAUCGUGUUCUUCUUCGUCGCGGCUAUAAACCCCGGUACAGGGAAGUUCAUCAACGACGAGGAGUAG